AUGACACCAGAAAUAGAAGGAAAUUGGGAUAUAGUAAUAACAUCACUUCAGGAUAUAUGUAACUCAAAUGAAUCUUUGACAUUUGAUAAUAUUUACAAUAGGAAAUCUAACGAGUUGAAACAACUAUCGCAAGAAGAAUUGAGCAAACUUGAAGAAGAAAUCAUAGAUCACAAAUCGAAUAUCGGUACUGCGAAAAGAUUAAUAAACACUUCUUCUGAUAAUCUAACAAAGUUGAUUGAGAUUAUCACUCGGGAAAAUAAAGCAAAACAGACAGCACAACAGCAAACACCAACGAAAAAGAAACCCAAUGCUGACACCAAAAGAAUCGAGAAACGCAAUAGUUCGAAAUCCAAACAAACCAAAAAAGUCGGUCGUUCCUAUUGGACAUCAAAAUACAAUCCACUGGAGCCCAUAUAUAUAGGACUGGAAGUGGCAUACAAAUUAAGAAACCGUCAUUCUGAUGAAUGGAUUCAAUGUUCUGUGGUGAAAAUAAUAGGUGAUGGAAUUAAGUUUGAGAUUAAAGAUCUUGAACCAGAUGAAAACAAUAACCCCGGACAAGUUUUCAAAGCAAAUUACAAAGAAAUAUUAUUAAUUCCGCCAGUGGGGUCAGAUUUGAUCAACUACACCUACGGAUGUAAAGUGUUGGCAAGAUAUCCCGACACUUCAACGUUUUACCCUGCAAUAGUGGUUGGUCAUAAAAAAGAUGGUACUGUACGUUUAAAAUUUGAUGGAGAAGAGGAGGUCAAUAAAGAAACCGAAGUCGAAAGAAGGCUAGUGUUGCCUACACCAGAGAAGUAG